AUUAUUGCUUAAACCCUGCAAAAAAUUUUUUUUUUUUUUGAAAGCCUACAAAAUAAUUGUUAAAAAACUAGAGGAGAGAUUUUAGGUAUGAAUGUGAGUUUAAAUCCAAAAGUGAUAUGAUGUGGGUAACAACAUCAACAACAACAAAGACAUUAUUAUUCAACAAAUUCAAUUUCCACUUCUCCAAGUACAAGCAGAAGCACUUCACUCUUCAACUUCGUCUAAUGUCUAACGCUAAAACAGCUAGGGUUUCUGAUUCUUCUUCUCCUUCUCACGCGUCUCUCAAGCGCGUUGGUACCCACAAUGGUAGCUUCCAUUGUGAUGAAGCUCUUGGUUGCUUCAUGAUUCGUCUCACUCGCAACUUCUUCAAUGCUCAAAUCGUUCGCACUCGUGACCCUCAGGUGUUGGAGGGUCUUGAUGCCGUUCUUGAUGUUGGAGGGGUGUAUGAUCCUUCCCGAGAUCGUUAUGAUCAUCACCAGAAAGGAUUUGAGGAGGUUUUUGGUCAUGGUUUCUCCACUAAGUUGAGCAGUGCUGGUCUUGUUUAUAAGCAUUUUGGAAAAGAGAUUAUAGCUAAUGAACUUAAGGUAGAUGAAGAGCACCAAAAUGUCCACUACAUAUAUUUGGCUGUUUACAGGAGCUUCAUGGAGGCAAUUGAUGCCGUAGACAAUGGAAUCAAUCAAUACGACACCGACCAGCCUCCAAAAUAUGUCAAUAAUACUCAUUUAUCCUCAAGAGUAGGAAGGUUUAAUCUGGAUUGGACAGAUCCCGAUCAGUCAUCUGAGAAAGAAAAUGAAGCCUUUCAUCGUGCCAUGGCACUUGCUGGCAGUGAGUUUCUUGAUAGCGUUCGUUUUCAUGUGAACUCGUGGUUGCCUGCAAAGUCAAUUGUGAUGGAGACCAUUGCGGCUAGACAAACUGUCGAUCCUUCUGGAGAAAUUUUAGUUUUGAAAAGAUUCUGUCCUUGGAAGCUUCACUUAUUUGAGCUUGAGGGGGAGAUGAAAAUUGACCCACCAAUCAAAUAUGUUCUGUAUGAGGAUGAGAGAAGCAAACAGUGGCGAGUGCAGGCAGUUUCAGUAUCUCCCGAUAGAUUCGAGAGCCGGAAGGCUCUACCUUCACAGUGGCGAGGUUUAAGGGAUGACAUACUGUCUAAGGAAUCUGGCAUUCCUGGUUGUGUUUUUGUCCAUAUGAGUGGAUUUAUUGGCGGAAACCAAACUUUUGAAGGUGCUUUGGCCAUGGCAAAAGCUGCUUUGAAGAUGUAGGCAAAGGAUUGUAACAAGUCAAACACUAUGAUCCAUUAAUUUUGCAGGAACAUUUCACAGUCUAGUUUUAUGGUUGCAUUAAAGGGGCAGAGGGAUGGGAACAGAGGUUUAAAGAUAAUAAUACUGAGCUAUUAACUUUCUUAAGGAUAAUUACAAUUGAGUUGUUAACUUUAUUCACUAAUGUAUUCUGGAUGCUCUUUUAUGAUAAAAUGUCACUGGUUUUUGUUUAAUCAGGAUGUAUCCCCAUAACAUGAAUUUUUUUGUUUUCUUGAGAGCUCUAGAGUCUCAGACUAUGAAAAUUCCUAAAUGCAAUGAUUUAUGUGAACACAUUUUUUUGUGUA